CAAUGAUUUUAGUUGUCAAAAUGUGAAAAAAGAAGAAAAAGUAUUUUUGCAAAAGAAAUUUUUUCCUCUCAAAUAUCUAAUGGAAAAGAAAGUCUUUAAAAUAAUAUACUUAAAAAAAGAAAGGAUAUAAAUAAUUUAGCAAACAUUUUAGUGUAGUUUAUAUAAAUUCCUUUUAGAACUAGUACAGUGCUUUUAAAGUAAAACAUGUUCCAAGUAGUAAAAAUUAUUUAAAGCACAAAGAAUUAUAUAGAAAUUUUGGUGUGGCCUGAAAAAAUAGUAAUAGUGAAAAUAAUUUAUAAUAUAUAAUGUUAAUUAAACAGCAAACCUAUUAAAUAAGCCGGAAAUAAUUAAAGCCACCAGCACAAAGUUAUCACCACCACAACCAUCACCAAAUUCCUGUUUGGAACACAAAUUACCAUGAAAAUAAUGCGCUUAAGACAUGCUAAACUAAUUGUACUACUUAUAGUUAUUGCCAAUCUAAUAUUAUUCUAUUAUUCAUGGAAAUCUACGCUAUGGAAAAAUAUUGCUGCCUCCCUUACGCUACCCAGUAUGGAGUCAUACGAUUUGCUCAAAAACCCUUCUCAACAGCAUCAGCAACAACAUGUGGAAAAAUCUCCCAAAGAAAAAGCACGCAAUGCCUUCAAACAUAUACGCAAAUCUAUGACCAUAGUUUUUCGUAAUUUUUAUACUUUUGAAAAUGACAUUAAGGAUUCAAUUGAUAGUAUAUUGGAUGUUAUACCCAAUAUGCCCAUUAUAGUAUUUCAAGAAGGCUUAGCCUAUCCCCCUUUAAUGUAUCAACGCAAUAGCAGCUCUCUAAAGGGUGAAGAGAGUAAUAGUGUGCGUUUUAUAAACUUAGGAUUUGAUAUAUUAAAACCCAUACAGGAAUUGAAUCCUUUAUCUACUAUACACACAAAAUAUGCCCUAUUUAUGCCGGACAGUGUACGUUUGACUAGCAAGAAUCUGUUACAGAAAAUAUUGCGUGAAAUUAAUACCAAUACUUGGGAUAAAGACAAAGAUAGCGGUGGUAGUCAAACUGCAGUACGUAGAGCUAAACUAUCACCGCCCCUAGAAGAAACUGUUAGACGUAUGAUUAUUGUACCAUUUGCUGGUAAUUUAAAAUCAUUUGUGGGUUGUUUACAAAUCGUCUUGGACUUGCCCAAUUGGACGAUACAAUAUGUGGCUGUGAAUAGCACAAGUGAUAAAUGUGAUUUAUUUCUGCAAAAACAUGCCGUUUUAGUGGAUGUAGCAGUUUUGAAGGAAAUGCCUGAACCUUUGGCGGCACCAUUUCCGGAAAUGUUUUAUAUACAGGCGAAAUUAAAUAAUAUAACGAAAUUCGUCUAUCCUCAAUCAUUUCAAGAUGGUCGACGACUCUUUGCUGCCUAUCACACCAAACAAAGACGAACCGACAUGAAACGUCGUCAAUUCCGAGAUAUGUAUAAAAAACUGCAAAUCAAGCGUAUUGUCAGACGAUCACAUAAGGUUGCUAUCAAAUCGGAUACAAAGGAUACAUCAUCGUAUAGUUCACAACAUAACCUAGUAUUAGAUACACAAUUUUCAUCCUCGAAUUUCUCUUUGCCGCUGGUAACCGACAUAGAUUUGAUCGGUUGCGAAAGAACCACAAAAUCCUGUGUGGGUACGGUGUAUAAUCAAAAACCAUUUUAUAUUUAUUUGGGUAAACAUACACCACCCUGUUGUUUGGAUAAACUAAAGAGCACUUUUAAUCAUGUACUCGAGGAAUUUGAAAACGUAGGUAUACGUUAUUGGCUAGAUAAUCAGGCAUUAAGGACGGCAAUAGAUACCAAUCAGUUAUCGCCAGAUGCUUAUGAUAUUGAUAUAAGUUUUAAUGUAGACGAUUUGGAACGUUCGAAUUCCCUAAAGAAAUCACAAACAAAACCCUAUGUAGAUAAUGAGGGUUUCUAUUGGAUAAAAGCAACCGACGGUCAUUACUUUAAGGUGCAAUUUUCGAAAAUUAAUCAGAUUGGCGUGAAUCUAUUACCUUUUGAGAUAAACGGUAAUGAGGUGAAACCGAAUGGUUUCUUUGGGUGGAAGGCAAAAUCAUUUUCGGCAGAUUUUUUGCAUCCCAUGUCGACGGUGCUAUUUUUGGGUAAAAAUAUUAUGUGUCCCAAUAAUGUUAGAGACUAUUUAGAAUUUAAGAGUAUACAGGAGAGAAAUUGAGAAUUAUCAAGAGGCAAUGUGACGGGAUGAGGUGAGUUGCUGUACUUAUGUGUAGUAAAUCUUAAUCGUUUAGUUUUGUUUGGAGGAAAGUUUUUUAGUUUAGUGUGAUUUAGUUUAGUUUUAAUUUCUGUUUUUGUUUUAAUACUGUUCAUAGUUUUUGUUAUUAUUUAGCUUAAUACAUAGAGAUAAAGCAGUAUAAUUAAUGUAUUAAUUAAUCAAAUAUAUUCCUGAGCUGUAAGCAAAUCUAUUAAAGCAUUAUUUUAUAUAAAAAUCAUUUUAUUUUUCUUUUUGUAACAAGGAAUUGCUUUUAGUUUUUAUGAAAUUAGUUGAAACAACAAAAAUAAUAAUCACAAUUAUAAUU